GCUACCUGGGUAAGGCCCAAAAUGGCUCCUCUUACUGUCACUACCGUGUGAGUCCCGCCUGGGACUGUAAUCUGUGUCUUGGCUUUGGAAUUCACACCCGCUCCCCAUUUUUCCGGCUGGUUUGCUGCCCCUACUGAGGCGGACAGGCUAGAGUAAUGGCAGGGAGUGUCCCUUGGGCGGCAAGUAGGAGACUGUGGGGCUGGGUGCCCUCGGCAUGCCGAAGCUUCUCUCUGGGCGUCCCACGGUUGGCCUUCGUAAGGCUCACUCUUCCACCUCCCAAAGUGGUUGAUCGCUGGAACGAGAAGAGGGCUCUGUUUGGCGUCUACGACAACAUUGGAAUCCUGGGGAAUUUCGAGAAGCACCCAAAAGAACUGAUCAAGGGCCCAGUAUGGCUUCGAGGCUGGAGAGGAAAUGAAUUGCAGCGUUGUGUCCGAAAGAAGAAAUUUGUGGGAAACAGGAUGUUCAUUGAGGACCUGCAUAACCUUAACAAACGGAUCAGCUAUCUCUACAAACACUUUAACCGACAUGGGAAGUACAGAUAGGACGGGAAAUGUGUCACCCUGGAGAAGGGGAACAGGACUUAUCCCAGCAAGGAGAGAGCUUUGUGUGCUCGAUGUAAUAAAAAAAUGGGGCUCCUUUGGAAUCUGAUAUGCCCAGUGCUACAUUUACUCAUGCACUCUGACGUCUGCCUCGUUCCUAAGUCACAUGAUCUUUUGUUACUAUUACUUACAGCCCAGUUAUGCUUGUGGCCUUUAUAACAAUCAUUUAUUGCUGGCACUUUCUGACACUGGCACCUCGUGUAAGUUUUUAAAGAAUUUAUUUUUAUUUAUUUUAUCUUAUUUUUUUGUAAUCUUGGAGCUGAAACCCAGGGACUUGCUCAUUCUAGGGAACUCUGCCACUAGCCGCCCAGGCCCUUGGAAGUGUAGCUGCUAUUUCUAAAGACUCUGCCACCCCAAAAUGAACUAGGAAAGUGAAAUUACACUUUGUACUGCUCUUAUCAGUUAUAAGUUAGGGAACUUGUCUGAGUACCACAGCAUUUCCCAUCCUCUUGAAUAGGGCAGUUUUGUGGAGGCUGACCUUGAGUCAUGCCCAGUUUUAUGAAGUGUUAAAGAUCACACCCAGUAUUACCCCUGUGUGUGCUACCCUGUUUGCUUUUUUUUUUUUUUUAGGGGAAAAAAAUGUCAUUUAAGAAAGAUAUUUUAGGGCUGGUGAGAUGGCACUGACUGCUCUUCUGAAGGUCCUGAGUUCAAAUCCCAGCAGCCACAUGGUGGCUCACAACCACCCAUAAUGAGAUCUGACGCCCUCUUCUGGUGCAUCUGAAGUCAGUCACAGUGUACUUAUUUUUAAUAAUAAAAAAGUCUUUGAUCAUUGGACCAGAGCAAGUGGAGUUGACCAGAGAGAGCAAGGUCAACUGAGGCAGCAGAGGUCCUAAAUUCAAUUCCCAACAACCACAUGAAGCCUCACAACCAUCUGUACAGCUACAGUGUACUCACAUACAUUAAAUAAAUCUUUUUU